GUUGACGAAAUCAUCAAACCCAACCAAAGUUCCUGUAAAUUCCUUGUCACCACUCAACAACACCCAUAUUUUGGAUCCUAUGCACUUGUCCACCAAUUCCAAAGGCAGUAUCUGGUUCAAUGGUGUGGAUUCAGCUAUUUCAGUGCCCAUUUUGCUUUGUAUUUCUCGUGGUUUCUGUGUAGAAUUCAAUUGGAAACUCUUCAUCUUUUCGUCUCGUUUUUUUGACCUUUUCGCGUGGUGUUUGGGUUUUCGCGAACCUGUGUGUUUUUUUGUUUGUUGAGUUUUUGGAAGGCCAACGAGCAGUUUGUUAAACAAUAACGACGAACGACGACAACGAGGAUAUUCUCAUUGAAUCGGAUUGGAUUUAUAAUUGGAAAGAAUGAGUUCAGAUUUACCACUACAUUUGGCCAUAAGACCUUUGAAUUUGGAAGACAUCGAGCAGGUGCAAGAAUUGGAAAACCUGGGGUUCCAACCUUCUGAAAGAUGUAGUUUAGAAGGGUUAAAUUAUAGAUUAUCAGCAUGUCCUGAAUUAUCAUCAGGUUUAUUCAUUAGACAAUUUGAACCAAAAUAUCAUGAAAAGGACGAUGAAUUGAAAAAUAACGUGGAUGCUGAAGAUGAUGAAUUGAAUUCUGCUCCUAAAGAGAAGAAAUCACUUGACGACAUUAAUGAUGAUUAUUUACCAGAACCAAGAUCUACAAUUGUUUCUGAAAAGUUAAUUGGACACAUUUUAGGUACAAAGAUAUAUGGUGAUUUUAUUACAGAAGAAGCUAUGGAAAUUCCAAAAUUGAACUCAAAGGGUACAAUAAUAAAUGAAUCUGAACGUAAAAAAGGGCAUGUUGAAUCUUCAUUAACUAUUGGUAUACAUUCAAUUGUUGUUCAUCCAAAUUAUCAAAAGAAAAACCUAGCUACACUAUUAUUACAUGAUUAUAUACAAAAAUUAUCAAAUCAACAAGUUGGUGAUAAAAUUGCAAUCAUUGCUAAAGAAAAUUUACUACCUUUUUAUAAUAGAAUUGGGUUUAUUACCAAAGGUGUAAGCAAAUGUCAGCAUGGUGGUGAAGAAUGGUAUGAUUUGCAUUGUGCAUUAACUCCAGAAGAUGAUUUAGAUGUGUAGUAAUAUUUUGUUGUUGUGCUUUUUGUUAUCUUUGGAAUUGAUUGAUGGAAACUACUAUUACUAUAUAUAAAUAUUUUUUAAUGAUAAAAUGUGUUACAUGAAAAAUAAAGGAAUCUACAAAAGCAAAUUGUAUUGAAUAACCUAAUAAACCCUUUUAAUUUUUAUAGUCUCAGACUAAAAUAUAAUAAAUAACAACAAAAGAAGUGAAAACAAACAAAAAAAAACCUUGAGAAAAAACGAACGAUAAACCAAAACCAAAAACUAUUCAUCUAAAAAACGUUCUCUAAUCUUCAUAAUUAUCAAAUGAAGGUAAAU